AUGAAUGUAAAUGACUCUCUUAUAGAAUCUGGCGAAACCUACUUACUGAUGGAGCAGUGUUCUGGUGGAACUUUGUACGACAAAAUUCAAGCUCAUAAAGCGGACAAAAAGCCAUUUUCUGAGAAAGAGGUCACGGUUUGGCUUACCAAGAUUUGCAUGGCCUUGGAACAUUUACACACCGAUGGUAUCACUCACAGACUCUUAAUAAGUCAGGUUGGGGCAAUUCUAAAGGAGCUUAAAGUCAGCUUGAAAAAGCUGAAUGAACUGGCAGACAGUUUAGAGAAUGUCCACUUCGGCACCACCGUGGGCAGCCUGACUGGAGGAGUGAUUGGAGCCGCUGGAGGGAUCACCUCCAUCGUGGGUCUCAUCCUGGCCCCCUUCACUCUGGGUGCCUCUCUGAUCGUGACCGGGGUGGGAGUUGGGGUGGCAGUCGCUGGUGGUGCAGUCUCAGGUGUAUCAAGUAUCACCAACACAGUAAGCCAGAACAACACUUUCAAGGAGAUUAAGAGCAUCAUCACAGGUUUAGAGGAGAAGACAGCCAGUGUAGACACCAGUAUCCCCCACCUUAUCAAAGGUAUUGAGUCCCUUAAAGGGGUCAAUUUCCAAAAUAUUUCAAAACAAAAGUCAGGCACUGGGUUGUUGAAAGGAUUGGGGGGAGUCAGUGAGCUGGUGCGUUUGGCCAGGUUUGUGAGUGUUGGUAAGUCUGCAGCACAAUUGUCCAAGACCGUGCGCGCUGCAGGGGCACUCAGUGGUGUGUUUGCCGGUCUCUUUGUGGCAUUGGAUGCUGUCUCCAUUACCAUGGAUUCCAUAGAGACCAAUCGUAUCCAACAGGCAAAGGGAAAAAAGAUGUCUGAAGAUGAAAUUAAAUUAAUUAAAUCAAAGACCACAAAGUUUGUUGCAGAGGUCAGACUCACAACAAAGAUACAGCAGGAUUGGCUGGAUAACAGAUGUAAAAUAAUUGACUCAGUCUCAAAUAUUCUUAAAGAUCAAUAGAAUGCUAGUACUGUGGGGUCAGAUGUGUCUUGAGUGCAGUGUGACAUGAGUUCAUCCUCUGGAGGCAGUGAGUAUAAAUUGAGCACUAAAUGCAUGUUGAAACAAUGCUAGGCCUACUUGUACCUCAUCCUCUAUGACCAACCCUUUUGCAUUUCCUUGUGCUUGAGUUUAAUUUGUUCUUUGAGCUCUGCCUUAAGGGUUAGAGCUAGGGUUGGUUAACAACAUUUAAAUGGCAUUGAUGCUGUCACAUA